AUGUCCCUCUACGUGACGUAUGCGUCAGCUAUUUCUCUGAUGGGCACUCCAGCCGAGAUUUACGUCUACGGAAUAAGCGGGAUGUACCAUGCCAUUCCCUACUUUCUUUCACUGAUAAUAGCGAACAGUACCGUUGUUCCUCUACUGUACCCACUACGACUCACCAGUACAUACGAGGUUGCCUAUAUGGGAAUAGCAUUAUAUGCUCCUGGGUUGGCGCUUCAAAUUGUUGCUGGAGUACCUCUAUGGCUCUCCAUCGUUGUUAUCGGGCUUGUUGGCACCAUAUAUACAGCAAUUGGAGGAAUCAAAAGUGUAGUGUGGACGGAUGUGUUCCAGUUUGUUAUAAUUGUUAUUGGACUGGCAGCGGUUGUCAUAAAGCUGAUGCCGUAUUUCGUGCUCGAUGUUAUGCGGUCACUGCCCGGUUUAUCUGGUAUAUUCAUCAGCUGUUUGUUUAGUGGCGCUCUCAGGUGCGUUAGAGUACGGAGACAACAUGGGGAGAGUUUCCAGGCAGGUAAUGUUGUGGAACAUGACCGAUAUGGCGGAGGUUCAGUGAUGGUGUGGGGAGGCAUAAACCUUCGUGGGAAAACUGACCUCCAUGUCUUCCAUAAUGGUACCGUUACGGCCCGGAUUUACUGCGAUGAAAUCCUUGAUGCCUAUGCCAGACCCUACGUUGGCGCUAUCGGCCCUGAUUUCAUUCUUAUGGACGAUAACGCUAGGCCACCUAGAGCAAGGGUGACUAAGCAGUAUAUACAGCAUGGAUUGGCCAGCCCGGAUCUUAAUCCCAUCGAGCAUGUGUGGGACAUACUGCAGACAGCUCUCUCUGCCAGAAAUGUUCAGCCAAGAACGCUCCAGGAGCUGGGAACAGCUUUGGUACCUGAGUGGAACGCUAUUCCACAAAACCGGAUACGCGAUCUCAUUCGGGGCAUGCGCAGACUAUUCGCCUAUGGGCUGGUAGCCAUCGGAUUAGCGUAUGCAAUCAACUCCAUGUCUGGAUCCGUCGUACAGAUGUCCCUAUCAGCUGCUGGGGCCUGUGGCGGACCGUUAGCUGGACUCUUUUUCCUUGGAGGAAUGGUACCUAAAGCAAAUUGGGUCGGAGCUGUUAUAGGCAGUGUGACGGCUCUUGUGUUCAACAUUUGGAUUCCUGAGGAAGUUUUUUUCCUGUACAAUGUGUCCUAUACCUGGUACGGAUUUAUCGGAUUCUUCCUUACCCUGAUUAUUGGCACAGUCGUCAGUUUGUGUACAGGUGGUGAUCGCGGCCAGCCUGUGGAAGCCCGUCUUAUCUUCCCCAUCUGUAGAAAGAUAUGUGGUGUGAAAUCUAAACAUAAUUAUGAUGCGUCUGAUACGGAAGACCAGAACCACAAGGACAUGGAUCCUGGUUUUUGA